AUGUUGUACAAAAUUACUCUCACUCACUUCGUUUGUGCGGCUAUCGUACUAAAUGUCGUUCAUAGUGCACCGAGUCAAACAAACAGGGAAACAUUACCACACCGACAUGAAGAUCGGUUGCUAGCUACGAAUCUUCCUGCCAGCUCUUUAAGCCAUUCGAACGAUCCCGAACGAACGGUCCACAAUGGAGACGCAUCACACGAUAAUCAGCAAAAUGGAUCAUCGCGUAUGAAACGGGCAAUCAUCUUUAGGCCACUGUUCGUUUACCGACAGCAGGAGAUUAAAAAGCAAAAAUUGAAUGAAAUGCGACAACAGCAGCAACAGCAGAUUCAACAACAGCAACAAAAUGUAGCGUCUGCUGCGUGUGCUGCUUGCCAACAUUAUCAGCAGUCCACCAGACAGCCGGUACGAUAUUAUGCACAGCAAUAUCCGUACCAGCGGUGGUAG